AUGUGUCCGUGUGUGUUGAUUGAUAAACUGAGAAAUGUUUUCGGCAAGAAAAAAAGAACUAGUAAAGAGACGAGUCAAUCGAGUAACUCGGCAACAAGUCCAGUUGAACCAGGGGAAGAUAAAAAAAAGGAGAAGAGCAAGAAGAGCAAGAAGAGCAAUAAGAGUAGGAAAAGUGAGAAAAGCGAAAAGAGUAGAGGGAAGAGUAAAGGAAAGAGCAAAAAGGCGAGAAGUAAUAUCAAGAGUCCAAACAAUCCUGGUUCUCCUUCUGAUCACAACACUCCGAGUAGUCGUUGUAGUAGACCCGAUCAGAAGAUCACUGAAGAGCUUAAUGGACAAGUCAUCCACAACAAGCCAGACCCGAAAAACUUUCUUCUGAGAGUUCUUCAAUCAGAACGUCCUGACUUGAUUGGUCCCGAUUCGAAACUAGACCCCGGGGAGCUCAAAACAUUAGAUACGCAUCUAUUGAAAAAGGGCGAACUGAGAGAUGGGAUUGAUAUUCAGCUAGGAGAUACUUGUAAAACUAAUGAUUCUUUAAUGCUCGGUUCAAAUGGCGAAGUGGAAAUCAAAUCGCUCUAUGCAUACGGUCGAUUUGGAUCUGUCUACAUAGUUAUACGAAAGAACGAGGAUAGCAAAAAUGGUGAAGAGCUACUGGAUUCAAUGAUAUUGAAAACGAGUCGUAGAAUGUACGCAUCGGCCAGGAUGGAACACGAAAUCAAAGUUUUAAAGUAUCUCCAAGACAGAGAAAAAAAUAGACCAACUCAUAUAGUUCCAAUUAUUUCACAUGGGACUGCUGGUGGAACACCCUACUUUCUGAUGCCAGCAUUGGAUGCAAAUCUGGAGAAAAUCAGACAAGAAAUCGGUCAUAAAAUGCCAUGGGUCGACGCAUUUUACAUUGGACAAGAGGCACUGAUAGGCAUUAAAGAAUGUCACGAUCUUUCGAUUAUUCAUCGAGAUGUUAAACCGACGAACCUAUUGUUAGCAAUAGGAAACAUCAAAGCUUGGGUUCUCUCGGAUCUUGGAGAUAGUUGUCCGGUUGGAAAAUCUAAAAUUCUUUCGCCUCCAGAUGCUCUAACCAUUCCAUAUAUUUCGAGAUACGGACAUGUGGCGACCCAAAAACCGAUGAAGGCAACGAUUGCAAUGGACAUCGAGAGUUGGUUUUACUUGUUUUUAGAUCUUUUCAUCGUUCUUCCUUGGAAAAAUAAAGUUGAAGAGGAUGAAACUCUAGCUGCCAAAAACGCAUUCUGGGAAAACUUGAGCAAAUUUUUCGAGAAAAAUUGCUCAAAACUCCCUCCUCAAAUACUUCCAAUCGCUCAAAUCGUUGUUGACAGCUCAAUUGAAAAACCGUACUCUCAACUAACUGCGAUUCUUCGUGAUGGCUUCAACAAGAACAAUAAGACCUCUCCAUGGAAACCAGAUUGGAUUGAAAAACGACCGAAAAAAGAACAGGCUCCAACCCGUCCGAAAACUACAGGAAAAGGUGAAAAAACGAAAAGUGGGAUGGCUUCUUCAUCGACAGGAACAUCACAAACAACGGAAAGUGUCUCAAAGAAUCAGAAGACGUCAGGAAAGCAAAGUGAACCAAAGAGUGUUUCGAAAAGUGCUGUGAAGAGUGUAACCAAAAAAGUGAACUAA